CGGGCACAGUAGCGUCCAAUCUUCCAUCUAUGAUUGCCUCUCACGUCGUUGACUGUUCUGUUCCUUGAUUUUGUGUCACACCCACAGUCCAUUCCGAGUGACUGACUGGCACACCUUCCCUCCUUUCUUCAAGACCUGCUGCUGCUGCUGCUGCUGCUGCUCUUCUUGUUGUUGAACUUGCGUGGCUGAGAGCGAGCGUGUUUUUGUGUACUUCGUUGAGGCCUCGCUUCAUCUCCCUCGCUCCACACGACACUGGCCACCCCCAUAUUGUCCCCAGAAUUCGCACCGCCCGCCUGGCUUGGCCCAACUUGGCUCGUCUCUGUCCGCUUGUCUGUUCGAUCGAAUUGAUUCACUGAGGCGCCGACUGGCUGCCCACGUGCCAUCCUCGCCUCCAUCAAACAGUGGGCUUCCUCCCGCCGCCAAUUCCUAUUAAACCCAUCUCAACCACCCCAGAUCCACCAUCCAGGAAGAGGACGAGCCCGACACCUGAAAUGUCGCAGCGAGCUCCAAAGCCACGGCAGUCGUCAUCCUCCCGGAGCAACAACAUGGCCGCCGCAGAGAAAUCCAGCUCCCGCGACCCGGCGCUGCCGCGGCACGAGCCCGUCCAGCACAGGCACGACGACGGCAACGGCUACUCGACCUUGACCCCCCACAUCAAGGCCGCGGGCGAGAGCGGCCGGAGGGGGUUCGGCACCGAGUUCUUCGGCAUCGCCUUCCGGUCCUCGUGCAAGGCCUCCCGCUACGUCAACAUCCUGUGGCCCGUCGUGCCCGCCGCCAUCGCCGUCAACUUUGCCCUGCCCGACCAGCACCUCGCCAUCUUCAUCCUCGCCUACAUCGCCAUGGUCCCCUGCGCCAACCUCGUCGGCUUCGCGGGCCAGGAGCUCGGCCGCAAGAUGCCCCUCGUGGCCGGCGUCAUCAUCGAGACUACUUUUGGCUCCAUCGUUGAGAUCAUCCUGUUCCUGGUGCUCCUGAUCCGGGAGAAGAACGAGGAGAUCAUCAAAGCUGCCAUCUUGGGUUCGAUCCUCGCCAACCUGCUGCUCUGCCUGGGGCUCUGCUUCUGGGCUGCUGGAAUGCGCCGCGACGAGUCCCACUUCAGCGAGGCUAUCACCGAGGCUGGCUGUGGUCUGCUUCUUACUGCUGGUCUCGGUCUUGCUGUGCCUACCGUUUUCACACUGGCAUUUCAAAAUACCGAAGGACAGACCGCCACAGCCCUCGCCGACACCGUGCUGCAGGUCUCCCGCUCCACAGCUGUCAUGCUGAUCAUCGCCUACUUCGUCUACGUCUGGUUCAUGGGCCACACGCACCACGGUAUCUACGAAGCCGUGUUCGAGUACGACGAGGAGCGCGACCACGACGCCCACAAGGACGCCCACAAGGCGAAGCUCACGCUGACCGAGUGCGUCAUUGCGCUUGUGGUAUCGAUCGCGCUGGUCAGUCUCAUCGCUGUGGCCCUAGUCCACGAGAUCCACUACAUCGUCGAGGACCACGGCGUCUCGGAUCCCUUCAUGGGCCUGAUCCUGGUCCCCCUCGUGGAGAAGGCCGCCGAGCACAUCACGGCCAUCGACGAGGCCUGGGACAACCAGAUGAACCUGGCGCUGUCCCACGUCCUGGGCGCCACUCUGCAGACGGCCCUCUUCAACGGGCCUUUUAUUGUCAUCGUCGGCUGGGGUAUGAAGUUUCCCAUGGGCCUUGACUUCGAUGUGUUCAACCUGGUCAUGCUCAUCCUCGCGAUCAUCACGGUUGGAAACUUCCUCCGCGACCAGAAGAGCAACUACCUCGAGGGCUUCCUCAUGAUCGUCGUCUAUGUCAUCAUUGCGAUUGCGGCGUUCUAUAACCCCACGCUGCCUGAGGGCGGCGGUGCUGCUGGCGAGGCCACCGCCGAGGGCUCGACCUCGACGACUCAUGAGCGGUCCCUUCACGGGCUGUAGUCUGCGCGGGGGUUGAAAAUAGAAGGAGAGGGUGGUUCGAAAUUAUUGAUCCCAUUCUGGCGUUCUCAAUGGAAUAACACGAGAUAUUUGAUUUACUAUUGGACACGGUCGAGUACAUGCAUAGCGAGCGAAACGAGAGGCAAAGAUUUGAAUUGGCCAGGCACAGAUUCUUCACGGGGCGUUGAACUUGCAAUACAAAACUUUCUAAUAAUCCAAUCACAUGAAACUGGGCAUUGCCAAUUAAAUAUG